GUUGAUAUGUUAUACCGUACUUGAAUAAUCAGAAAAUGAAACGAAAGGAGCAGAAUUGCACGGGAAUAUAAAGCAUGGCGGAGCUACUUACACGUAAAGACAAGAAACAGAUAUUACAAUGGAUUGGCAGGGACAGUCAGUUUGAGCUCAUAUACAAAGUAAGCCGUGAUGGGAUGUCUUACCAGAGGUUCCACGAGUUAUGUGACAACAAAGGACCCACGGUGACCAUCUUCUACAACAAGGAUAACAACGUGUACGGGGGGUACCUGUCAGACAGCUGGGAGAGUACUGGGAGCUGGUGUACAGAUCAGAGAGCGUUCUUGUUCAAACUAUAUUCUGUUGGUAACUGGAAACCAGUUAAGUUUCCUUACACACGUGGAGAAACUCAUUUUAAAGCAGGCAAUCACGGGCCAUGGUUUCAUUCGUUGGCUUCAUGCUCAAAUAAUGUUUUGAAAAAAACAGUGGGCGGUUUCUAUCAACUUUACUCUCAACAGUAUUUCUUUGACGGACAAAGAUUUGACAUGAAAGGAGAGACCGCACAGUCUGUGGCAAACGGUCACAACAACGUUACUGAUCUGGAGGUCUACCUGGUCAAAGAAGAAUUGCCCGAUGAUGAACUCGAAUCUCCCUGGAGGGACUCACCAAACUGGAGUUCACAAACUUUUCAAGAAUUAAAAGAAUAUGUUGCAAAUUACGAGCCCCUGGAGGAGAUGAAGAUCCCAGAAGUCAACAUUCUACUGAUAGGACAGGUCGGAGCCGGGAAGUCCAGUUUCCUCAACACCAUCAACUCAAUCUUCAAGGGCGAAAUGUCUUCUCGGGCAUGUACCGGAGGUGCCGAAAACAGCCUUACCAAAAGAUUUGAAAAAUUCCGAAUUCGUGACCCCUCGACCAAGAAAUACCUUCGUUUUCGGAUUUGUGACACAAGGGGUUUGGAGGAGGAUGUAUCAAUUAAAAUUGAAGAUGUAGGCUUUAUCCUGGAUGGAAACACCCCAAAUCAUUACAAGUUUGAAGUUGAAUCCCCUGUAUUAGCAAAACAACCAGGGUACGUCAAAGAGCCCACAGUGAGGGACAGAAUAAACGUGGUUGUGUUUGCACUUGACGGAAGUAUCUUGGACGUCCUGCCUGAGAGGGUCGUCUCAAAACUCAAGGAUAUCAAAAGUCUGGUGGUAGAUAGGGGAAUACCCCAUCUUGUUUUCCUUACGAAGAUCGACAAAAUUUGUAAAUUAGUUGAGGAAGACGUCAGCAAAACGUACAAGAGUAGAAACGUAGAAGAUGCGAUUGAUAAGGCUGCUAAAAUCAUAGCUAUACCAAGAUCCCAGGUCCUUCCGGUCAAAAAUUAUGAGAAGGAAACCAUUCUUAAUAUGGAUAUAAAUAUUCUAGCUCUAACGGCUCUGAAAAAGUCGUUGGUGUUUGCAGAUGACUUUUUGGAGAACCAGUAUGAUUGGCAACAGGAUAAUGUACAGAUAUUAAACAAAAGAGACUGAGCUUUUUAAAAGAUUUAAAUAAGCUUUCAUUUGAUUGAACUAGUAUUAUAAGUUAUUUCAAUUUGAAAUUACAUCGAUGUCGCCUGUGUAAUUAAACAUGUUCAGCUUAACUUUGUAUAUAUAUCUCCUAAUUAAAACUUAUACUUUAUAUAGUCGCAUAUGGACAAUUUAUAGUGAAUAAUAGAGUCAAAAAAGUUUAAAAUUGCUUCAAGACAAUUUGAACCGACCACAUUGCAUACAGGCAAAAUUGUGUGCUGCAAAAUGAUGACAACAGAAAGAAUUUUACUCCGAGCAUAUAAAGCGUCGUGUUUUUUGUUUUGUUUUUGACUGACAAUAUGUCCUGAUUUUAUUUACGGGGUUUAUGUAGAUUCUGUUACUUUUUCAGGGAUGACAACUUCUUCACUAUGUUACUUUAGUAAACAAACCCCCGAAGCAAAAACCAAAUCGAUUAUAUUAGAAAAAAUUUAAAGAAAAAUAAUUGAUUGUUUUUGACACGUAAACAUUUUAAUGGAAAAAAAGAAAGCUUUCAGUUUUUUAUAUUAACAUUUUUUACUAUUAUAUCAUUAUUAUUAUUUUUUUUAUAAUCUGAAUUUUUUAAAAGUUGUGGAAAUAAAUACCAGGUUUUUUUAAGGUCCAAAGAAUAUUUAUACUUUUCCAAAUAAUUAUUAUCUUUUAUCAAGUGCAAGUGUAUUUACUGUUCAAGCUAGUCAGUGUUUACAUCAACAAGCAUAAACUACCAUGCCCAGUGGCCUUCUCAACAAAAAAUAUGGAAUGAACUUUCAUAAGAAAAGGCUUUAAAGGUUUUUCCAUCAAUUUUAUUGUUUUUACUAUGAUACUUGGUGUCUCGUAGAUGUAUAAUAAUAUUAUUUGAAUGUUAUUUUUUGACCCGCUUAACGAAUUUUUCUAUAAGUAAAUUAGGACAGUCACUUUCACACUUCAAAAAUUUUCUUUAUUUAUAAUGUUUACAAGUUUUUAUAAUGUGAAAAACAAACGUUGGCCAAAUCAUAAGAAAAAGAAUAAAGUUUGGUUCUGAAAAAAAAUAGAGUCCAAUUUUACAUUUUUUCUGUCAACUAUGUCUCAAUGUUAUUGAUUGUUUUAAAGAGGCAAUUUGUACGAUUUGUUUUAAUUAUUUUUAUAGAAUAUUUGAUUAAUUUUUAAUUUUCACAAUUCUUGAUAUGUAUUUGCAAUGUUUUCUAAUUAAUAAAAA